UUUUUUUUUUGUUUUUGUUUUUUAUUGUCAUAUAUUAUACUAUAAUAAAAUGCGUCCAUUGACAGCUGAAGAAACUACGACACUUUUCGAAAAACUUGCUAAAUACAUUGGAGCAAACAUUAAACAUUUGAUUGACAGACCUGAUGAAACAUAUUGUUUUCGACUUCAGAAAAACAAAGUCUAUUAUCUUAGUGAAUCGAUGAUGCGUAUGGCAGUUAGUGUUGGACGUGAUCAACUUGGAUCAGUUGGAGUUUGUUUUGGUAAAUUCACAAAGACUGGAAAAUUCAAACUUCAUAUUACUGCUCUUGAUUAUUUAGCACAAUAUGCCAAACAUAAAAUUUGGAUCAAGCCAAAUGGUGAAAUGCCCUUCUUAUAUGGAAAUCAUAUUGUGAAAGCACAUUUAGGUCGAAUUACAGACGAUACCCCAGAACAUACUGGUGUUGUUAUCUUUUCCAUGACUGAUACACCAUUGGGCUUUGGUGUCACUGCACGAUCAACUAUGGAUAUGAAAAAGCUUCAACCAACAGACAUUAUUGUGUUCCACCAAGCGGAUGUUGGUGAAUAUCUUCGUGAGGAAGAUACUUUAUUUUAAUAGAGAAUAAAAUAGUAUUGUGUAUAGAACAUUUGUUUGCCGUCCACUCAAAGGUGUACAAAGUUUAAAUUAAAAAGUUUAUUAUUAAAUUUAGUUUGGAAUCAACUUAAUUCGAACCAGGAAUAAUGAUAUUAUUAUAAUAUAUAUAUUUAUAUUUUUUUUUUCAUUCUAUAAAAAUAAAGGCCUUUUAAUAAACAAACAGUUAUUAAUAAU